CUUCUGUUUCUAAGUUAGUAUUAACUUAAACAAUUGAUCAAAUUAUACAGUUUAAAGGAACAAAACCACUCAAUUAACCAUGGCUUUAUAUUACAAUUUAGUCUUUGGCUUACUAGUCAUCGAAAUGUCAUUUUUCACUAUUUUAUCUUUACCCUUUCCAAGAACUGUAAGAAGAAAAGUUCUCUCAACAGCUUCUGCUCCAUUCAAAAAUGAAAAAGUUCUUAUUGCAAUUCGAUGUAUCUUUGGAUUUGUAUUGGUACUUUUCAUUGAUUCCAUAAAUCGUGUCUAUUCCGUAACUUCUGAAUUGCAUGCAUCAUCUCCAGCAAAUCAACAAGGACAUAUGCCUCCAGUCAGUGGUAUAAUGAAUGAUAGAUCUGAAGUUCAAGCUAGAAGAUUUUAUGCUCAAAGAAAUAUGUACUUGUGUGGUUUUACUUUAUUCUUGCACAUGAUUUUAACCAGAACUUAUUCAUUAGUUGCUGAAUUACUUGUUACUAAAGAUAAAUUAGAUAACUUGAAAGCAAAUGAAGACUUAGAUGCUAAAACUAAGGUUGUCACUGAAGAAGACACCCAAGAAUUGGCCUCUUUAAAGAAAGAAUUGGCCUCUAAAGAUGAAGAUUUAACUAUUUUGAAAGAACAAGCUGAGCAUUUAUCCAAUGAAUACGAUGCUACAUCUUCAAGUGUCAAAUCCAGAAAGUAAUCUGACUCUUUCUUUCCUCUUACAUGCGUUAGAAGUUUAUUUUUCAAUUUUUG